ACAAAAGUUGUAUCUUAAAAAUCAGGGGCUGAAGCACACCAAAAUGACUUCUUACACAGAUAAAGGUGAAAAGCACGAGCAGGGCAAGUUCAUCAGCUUCGACCACCUCACUUUCUGGGUUGGGAAUGCCAAGCAGGCAACCGCCUCCUUUUACUGCAGCAAGCUGGGUUUUGAGCCUCUGGCAUACCGUGGUCUGGAGACGGACAGCCGUGAUGUCGUCUCUCACGUGGUUAAACAGGGAAAGAUUAUUUAUGUUUUCUCCUCUGCACUGAGUCCUGGUAACAAAGAGAUGGGGGAGCACUUGGUGAAACAUGGAGAUGGAGUCAAAGACAUCGCUUUCACUGUGGAGGACUGUGACUCCUUAGUGCAGAAAGCCAGAGAGCGAGGUGCCAUCAUCCUCAAGGAACCUCAUGUGCUGAAGGACGACUUUGGCAGCGUGAAAUUGGCUGUGCUACAGACAUAUGGAGACACGACUCACACACUGGUGGAGAGAAAUGGAUACACAGGACUUUUUCUCCCAGGAUUCCACAUGCCGCUCUUCCGUGAUCCUCUCCUGGCUCAGCUGCCGAGCGGCCAUUUGGAUUUUAUUGAUCAUGUGGUGGGAAACCAGCCAGAUGAUGAGAUGAUGCCUGUGGUGGAAUGGUACCAGAGGAACCUCCUGUUCCACCGUUUCUGGUCUGUAGAUGAUAAACAGCUGCAGACAGAGUUCAGCGCUCUGCGCUCCAUCGUGGUGGCUAAUUACGAGGAGACAGUGAAGAUGCCAAUCAACGAACCUGCCUUUGGUAAACGCAAGUCCCAAAUCCAGGAGUAUGUGGACUAUUACGGUGGCCCGGGAGUCCAGCACAUUGCCAUGAACACCUUGAACAUUAUUGAAGCUAUCCGUAAUUUGAAGGAGCGUGGCAUGGAGUUCAUGACUGUGCCAGAUACCUACUAUGAGCAUCUCCGUGAGAAACUAAAAGACUCAAAGGUCAAAGUCAAUGAGGACAUCAGCAUCAUAGAGGAGCUGAACAUUUUGGUGGACUACGAUGAUAACGGUUAUCUCCUUCAGAUCUUCACCAAACCAGUCCAGGAUCGUCCAACUGUGUUCCUAGAGGUGAUUCAGCGCAACAAUCACCAGGGCUUCGGUGCAGGGAACUUCAAGUCUCUGUUUGAGGCAAUUGAGGCAGACCAGCAUGCCAGAGGGAACCUCACUGUCCUCAUGCCCAACGGGACAUCAGAACAAAUCUGAAAUCGUUAUUUACCAACAUAUCCACUCAUCAUUUAAUAUCUGA